GUCCCGGGAGAAUUUGGGGCUCUUAUCGACACUUUGCAUUAUCACUACCAGAACCGAGGCCUGUACAGUGCGGUUACGUCGUUCAAAGGAUUCCAGGUGAUUUGAGUACAUUUCGUUGGGUCGAAGGACGUGCAUCUCCGAAAAUCAAGCCUGAAAAUCUUAUACGUAUAGUUUAUGCAGCACUGAAUUUCAGAGAUGUGAUGAUAGCUACCGGGAAACUUGCUCUGGAUCCCUCUGCAUCGAUUAAACGAAAUGUUGAUUCCUUAUUAGGUUUCGAAUUUGUCGGUUUUGAUGAGAAUGGACAGCGUAUAAUGGGAAUAUGUCCAGACAGAAGAAAGGAAGAGAAUUGUAGUGAAUUAUGUGUACAAGGCUUGAGAAACUCCAUAAUAAAGCCACUACCUAGAAAGGUAUUCAAAAUAACUGAAGUAGAAGAUGCCUUCAGGUAUAUGGCAACUGGUAAGCAUGUAGGAAAG